AUGAGGUCUAUCAUUAUCAACACCUCACUUCUACCUGAUACAGUUAAACCAUUCCUCGUUGCAUACUUUAGUGGAGACGCUGCUCAACGUCAGUUGUCUGAAUUUGACGAUGACAAGGGCAAGCAGAAUCUUAUCAAGCUCAUCAUCGAGCAGUUGAAUGGCGCCCUUAAUGGUGAUUGGUACAAACUCCCUUCAGAUGGGGCCGUAGAGGAUGCGAGAAAAAGGACACGCGAUUUGGGUGGCGUGGUUUACGACUUGCCAGUUCGCAAGAAUUGA